AUGGCGGCAAGUACGGAAUAUGAUAUUGAUUUUGAAGAAUUGGAGAGGUUAUUCAUUGAUGAUACGACAGACGAGCAGUUCAGUUUUGACGAGAUUGAGGCAAUUUCUGAGCCGUCACUAAGUGGUAAGGAUAGUUUUCUGUCGACAAAUGUCAGUGUUUCGUCGCUUAAGCUAGUUUUAGAUAGGUUGGCAGAUAGUCAGACCAAUUUUGUGGAACAAGAGCGGGCAAUUGCCUCGGUCCUUAGCAAAGUUGACGAGGUUAAAUUUGUUGAGUUUGUAGCAUCAGUGGCUGGUUUGUUUGAGCAGUGUUUUGGCCUUCGAUCUUCGAAACAAAAUAAGCAUCUGCGUGCAAUUGAACUUGAAAGGAAUUUUACAGAACGUCGCAGCAAAACAAAUCCAGCUAGUAAAGCGUGGGAAGAUAUCCUAUUGCAUGCUGGUGUCGCAAAAUGUGUUGCUUCUGACAAUGUAUACCAACAUAUACUCCAGCAUUUCUGGUCUACUACUGGAUCUGUUUUCAAGCAAGGAAACACAUCGCGACCAGCUGCCCAGGAAGCUGUUGAUGAUAUUAUGGAGAUUGACGCGGUCAAGGAUCACGCGGGUUGGGCAAUAAAGCGGGCCCGGGAUAUUAUUAAGAGCAGUACGGAAGAUAAGUUACGAAUAAAAAAAUCAAGUGGUGAUGAUACCUGGUGCGAAGUUGACAAGUCAGUGGCUUUGGAGUUAUUAUCAAAGCUCGGAAAGGACGAGAAACAACAAGAUGGGCGUUUCAGAUUUAUACCAAGACAAGAAGUUGGAGAAUUUUUUUUGUCAUUGCAUGUUGUUGUGGACAAUUUGCUAUGUAAGAGCCAAUUUGUUGUUGAGAAAGAGAAAGUGGUAACAAACUGUUUGCAACACUUGUCUAGAGACCAGCAAUUAAGAAAAGAUUGGGUUACGCUAAUCGGUGAAGGGUUUUCAAAACCAGUAGCAGUAUUUGUUUUGCAGAAGGUUUGCAUAAUGUUCGUGAAGUCCAAACAGCAGGUAGCUAGGGAUAAAUUUGCUUUAAAACCACAAAAAGGAAGCGUGGCGUUAAGGGAAGAACUUAGAGGCAAGAUUGGCAAGAGCAGUGGUGUGAGAGGGCAGCAAAAUAAAAAUGUGGUAUCACCUCUUUCUAAAAGUCCGCCUGAAAUUGUUUUGAAACUGCGCAGGAAUUUCGAGUCCCCCGAAAUUGUUACCAACUGUUUGAAAGAAAUCUGUAA